GCAAAUUGCUCACCAGCGAGAUGUCUUUUCGGUGAACGCUAUGGAGGAACAGACGAUUAAGCUUAAGUUACAGGAAAACACAUUGACAAUAAGGGGAGGAGGAGCGGAAUGAGAAAGGGAAAUGGGACUCCCACCGCAUCUGGAGUGAAUUGCACGAACUUCAAGUCAAACCCUGUCAGAGAGGCGGAGGAGGAGGAGGAGGAGGAUGGAGGGUGAUGGUGCCUGCCGUAGCCAAGUCAUACACGCUUUCGAACUUGCGAUGAAGGAUUCCAAUGUGAGUGAGUGAGUUCCCAGCUCAGGGACGACGUACUUUCGCCCACAUUUCUUGCGCUCGCUUUGAUGGCGCUCAUUCCUCGUGCCCCCUCGUAUUUGUGUUCUUAUGGCUGGAUCAGCCGCUUCGAGAUUUGGCGGAAUUAGUGGAUGCGCAGACGGGGAGGAAGGGGGCUGAGAUAAUGGUUGUUCCAAGUGCAGAGAAGGUCGUGACAUUUGCUUCAUCGAGGCAUCGAUCAUGUCGCGAAUAUGUUUCCGGGCGUUUUUGAGGUGGCGAUGAAGCUGUUAACUUAUUCCCCAAAAUAAUAAUAGUUCCCACAAACAUCCGCAUUGAUGCUACCAGUAGAAAGAGGCCAAGAACUAAAGCGAAGCUUGCAACCUCGAGUGGAUGUCGAGGUCACGGGGAGCUUGAAAGGCGUCUGCGAGGGUGGCCUCGAGGCAUAGGAGGAACCAUUACAAAAACAAUCAACCAUGGAUUCAACAAAUGAUACCUUAGCGGUACCGCCCGGACUCCGCACAGAUACCAGCAGUAGAGUUAAUCCCAGUAUGGCCAUCAUCAUUGUGGUCCUUAUUGCCGCAUUGCUUGUGGUGGCUUUUUUCUCAAUGUACGUUAGGAGGUACACUCGAGGGGACAGCGGAAACGAUAAUGAAUCCGCUGCAACAAGAAACGGAAACAGAUCUAUUCAUUUUUUUGACCGACCGGGCGAAGGACUAGAUAGAGCACUUAUAGAUGAUUUGCCACUGGUAAGUUUCACGGUGGUGAAGACACUGAAGGAGGGGAAAGAGGACUUUGAAUGCGCUGUGUGCUUGGAGAAAUUCCAAGAAGACGAGUCUUUGCGAUUGUUGCCUAAAUGCAGUCACGUCUUCCACACAGAAUGCAUUGAUGUGUGGUUCCUAUCGCAUUCGACAUGCCCUCUAUGCCGCAUGAGUCUCAAGCCUACCGUUGCUGAGAUCCAUGCCGGCGUCCCAGAGGUUGGCGAGGUCUCCAGGCGUAUUCUUGAAGCUCAAGAGGAGAUGAUAGGUUCUGCGAGGCGGCCGACCGACGAAGGCAGUGUCAUUAAUGAAAAUGACGCGUUAGGAGGAAGUAGAAACGAAACGGUGCUGGAUACCGACAGAGAUAAUGAGAGAAGUGGCGCAAGAUUGGCUCUUUUUCGAAACUCAAAUUCUUUUCGACAAGCAGCUCGAGGGGUUGAAGUCCGAGAAAGACUUGCCACGCUAUCCUCUCGAUAUCCAACGUCUUCUGCAGAUGUACAUAAAGAUCCUCAAAGAGCGUUAAGCUUGAGCUGUCUCUCAUUUCAGAGGACACGAUCUUUGAGUGCUGGAGGAACGGGGGACUUUUACAACGGUGAACUAUUCAAGUAUGGAUCGCAAAGAUAUGGUCUCAAUGGAUCGCCUUUGAGCAACUCCUUAGGAAGAUUAUGUAGUUUAAAUGAGCGAGAGCUACAAGGAACAGGUGAUUUGAGCCGAAUUGAUCCUAGUGCAACACUUCUAGAGGAAGGAUCGUCAUCAUCGGCAAGUAGCGAGCAUUGGACAACCGUAGAUUUAAAUGGAGUUGCUGCUCAUCCCCAUCCAUCAAAAACUGAAGAGGCAGUAAUCCUUGCCAAUACACAAGUCUCGACUACUCCUGGUACUCAAUUGCCCAAAAAGCCCCGUUCAGGACCACUUCCAAGGAAACAAGUAAAUGUAGCACACAACAAAUCAGGAAGUGCAUGGGAACGGCUGAAGAUGGAGGGCGGAAGUUUUCGAGGUCUUCGCGACUCAUUCCCAUUGCAUAGAUCAGCCUCCGAAGGCAGACCGCAAAGUUUCGCCAUUGAUCUCCCUCCAACUGCAAUAGAGCCUGCAGUGCUCGAUGUUUGCUCAACACCUCGGGCUGAUGCGACUCCUCCUGCGGAUACAGACAUUUCCUUGGCUCAAAGAACAAUGCAAUGGCUGUCUGGAGGACAUGGGCAUACCUUUUCUGCCACUUACAGAACAUCACUCGAUCAGAAAAAUGCGUUGCAGCAGAUUGUCACGGAGGGAUAACUGGGUCGAAUGUUUUGAUCGACUCUAUCGUAUGUGUUGUAAGUUUCGGUGUGGGAAAUUGAGGCUGUCGUAAGUAAAUUACUUCAGAUGAUUGGAUUCCAGCGAUCACUGUACCAGCAGCGGCAAAUCCAUGGCCUCAUUUUGACGCCAAGGGAGAUUCUAUUCGAGUCUUCAAAAUUCGGUGGAUUUGCCAGGUAAUACUGCAUCUCCGUUUCACGGUCAAUUUUUUAAGCAUUUGUAAAUACAGUACACAGUAGUGUAGGUAUGAGAGGAGAAGUUUCUGCUGGUAUUUGUGGAGUACUGGUAAUGAGAAGAAGUCUAUUGUAUAGAAGGUACUGUUGUGUAUAAGGUACAGCGAAGGCUUGACCCUAGAUUUGUGUAAUCACAACAGGUCGUUAUUGGGGCAAGUGGCAGAACCAGACAUGUGUGCUCAUCCUUCUGAAUCAUGUAAUGGUCUACCUUAUCCCUUCCCGUCCGUAAGUUACUCCGAGCUUCAGAUGUGGGUACAUCACCAGGGAGUUUACUCUCGUGGAUUUUUAUCAAACUGUCAACUGCCAUUUUGCCACUUGUUGUAUUGUUGUAUCAUGUUUUGUAUGUAAGCAGCUUGUGAACAAGAUUGAGCGAGGUAGAACACCUGGAACACUUGGCUGGAGCAACAGAAGGUGAUCCAUUCACUGGACCCGCAGUUGCCGUAGGAAAGUUUGCCUGGCACCGUGAAGGCGACAUUGUGGGCUUUCUGAUACAGUCAGUCGUGUUUUUUUCAUGCAUUCUGACAAUCUUGAUCUCCCCUUCUUUGUACACAAUAAGUCAUAGAAUGUGAGGUAUGGAAGGCUUUUGUUCUAGUGUGUUUUGAGGUGUUUCCAGCUGAUAUUGUAUAUCUCUUCAGUAUCCGUUUUCAUUUCAUUUGUUCAACUUCUGAACGCUCCGGCGUUAGCCUUUGUGCAUCGAUCAAGUGGCCAAAGUUACCUAGAGCGUUCAGAGGUUGAUGCAUUUCGUGUCGGUAUGUAUUCUAUAUCUGCAAGAGAUAGAAAGCAAACAUGAGAGAGCUCUAUUUCAUGUAGGAGCUCAUGACGGAAAGGAAAAA